AUUUCAUUCACUGCAUACAAUAGUAACAUUUUUUCCUUUUUCCAGGUGUAGUUGUUAGUGCAUUCAGGAACAAAAUCUUUUCAGGUUCCUUGUCUGUCAUGGAACGUCGAAUCAAAUUGAAGACACUAAACGAGCACAUAGUUUGCACUAUCUGCUCUGGCUACCUCAUUGAUGCCACAACUGUCACUGAAUGCCUUCACACUUUCUGCAAAUCAUGUUUGGUGAAGCAUUUGGAGGAGAAGAACACAUGUCCAUCUUGCGAGCUUGUCAUCCACCAGUCGCACCCUCUCAAUUACAUCUCCUUUGACCGCACAAUGCAAGAUAUUGUCUACAAGCUGGUGCCAAAUCUUCAAGAAAAUGAAAUUCGCCUGGAGCGGGAAUUUUAUCGCGUGCGUGGUGAAGUGUGUCCAAAAGACCUCCCACCUGCACCUGACGACCACACUUCUGCAGCACCUCCUGAAGAAGACCAUACCACCUCCGACUACCAUCGACUCGACGAACAGGUGAACAUUAUGCUGGAGUGUAAGUGUUGCAGUCUGGCCCCAUUGAAGAGAAAAUUCAUCAGAUGUUCUGCUCAGGCGACAAUCACACACCUCAAGAAAUUUAUCGCCCUUAAGGUCUUGGAAGGACCACAACACUACAGAGAUAUCGACAUAUUGUGCAAUGAAGAAAUGCUUGGCAAAGACCACACACUGAAAUUCGUUCAAGUCACGCGGUGGAGAUUCAGACCACAGCCACUCAAGCUGGAAUAUCGGCCUUGUAUUGACAUUUGAACAAUUUCUUCAGUCAUAUUUUUACACGUCACGCGGGUGAGGAUUGAACUAAAACCAUUCGCGUUUGAAUAUACUAUGCAGUGUAUUGACAUAAGAAUAUUUUGUUCAGUUCAUGUAUUUUUUUAUCGUUCAAGAAGCUGGAUCUGUUUAUGCAUAUUAGGGCCUCAAAAUCAUUUAAUUUAUAACACAUGUGUAACAAAGCCUCAGCAUGAUGUGUGAUGAUUCUUGAAUUGUUCUGCAAGAGAUCUACCCGACAUCAGUUAGAAAUUUCGGUGUUCGCAACUAGUUGAACUCUUCUGCUUACUCUGACUCCAAAAGAUCUCAAUAUAAUAAUUAGUCAGUCGUCAAGGAUACGAAACAGAUUUACACUAAUUAUUUCCUUUAUUUCGCUGAAAUCUUCAAGCUCCCCAGAAGUUGACCAUCGAAUUAAUUAUCCUCGCUUUCAGUGUUGAAUUUUUGUCAUCGUGAAAAUCUAUUUUGAUUCGAAUCUAUUUGAGCUAGGUACUGGUGGUAAACUAGCUACGAAAACUCGUUGCACUAGAAAAUUUAGAGCUCACUAAUAAAUUCUCGGACUACCAAAAUAUCAAACAAAUUAGGCUCUACCAACUCCAAAAAUGCAAACGAAUGAAAUCUUUUAAUGUGUAUAAACAUAAUUUCAGAAUCCUUGUACAACCAUGUUGCAACGAUCCAGAAUGAGGUAUUUAAUCAUAUAUUCCGUGCAAGUGUGGGUGUUAUAUUAUCUCAAUAUAAACAAACGUAUUCAAGUGUUUUUUGAGAAGUAUGUAUGUCAAUUGUCCGUCCGGCUUCAUUUACCCGAAAAACCUUGAAUUGCUCUUGAUCUUUUUGCACUUAGUUCGGCUGUUAGCGGUACCGUAAAAGCUGUAACGCCAUACAUGUAUUAAAGGCAACAGCGUUCAUGCCUGUUGAAUUUUCGAUUAUUUGGUUGUCUUUUGAGUCAGAAGGACGAAUAUGUAGCAUUACAUAUGAACUGCUCGAUUGUGAUUCAGGAAAAUGUCACACCUUUUAAUGCACUUGAAUCAAGUUACUAUGAUAAGUUCAAGUAACUAUCAGGAUUAUUGAAAUGGUGUAAACCUUCUGCUUCAAUAUGGAAACGGCUUAUCAAGUUAUGGUCGCCUGUCAGAUAGCCUGAAUAUUAUUCUCGUAAGGGAUAAAUGUUGCAACUGGGAGUAUGUGAUUAAAACUUCAACGGCAGUUUAUGGCAGCCGAUGUUUCCUGGCGUGUGAAAGGUACAUUAAGGACGUUUAUAAUCUUUCAUUCUUACAACUUCGUAGCGAUUUUAUAUUAUAGUUCAUUAUUUAAUGCAGAUAGCCAGACUCAAAAGCCUUUCGCGCAAUUCUCGUUAUUUUUUUGUUUAACCUUUGAAAAAAAUUUGUCGCAGAACCUUGUGCAAGUCGUAUUCAUUAGGCCUGUCGGAAGUGAGAAUCAUCAGUCAUGAUCAUUAUUGUCAAAUGAAAAAAGCUACUGAACGAG